GGUUUAGGAGAGUCCAGGACGCGCAGAUACUCCAGAUAUUAUGCUGCACCAGGGAGAGUCAGGGACACUGGGUAUAACGUGGAGGCUAUGCCAAGUGUCUGAAGGGUGUGAGGAGACGAUGUGAGUAAGAGAAAAGAACAACACACUCAGGUGUUUACUCGUUGAAGCGGGAGGCUUGUUUAUACAUGCGGCGCGUCUAAACUGGAUACCGAAAAAGGGGGGCGGGAGCGCGAGCAACAAGUGGAGUUUUGGCUCGGGAAAGGCCAGAUUUUUCUCAGCUAUGGAGGAGCAAAAGGAAGCCAAGAGCGGACGGGACUCGACCGAGGAGGAGAGCAUGUCCCUUUCACCGAAUCUUCCAUCCCCCGCCAUGAUUAUCCCGCACCAGGCUGCCCAGCAAGCCCACAGGACCACGAACUUUUUCAUCGACAACAUCCUCCGGCCGGACUUCGGCUGCAGGAAGGAGCAGGGCUACCGAGACCGGAGCCAGAUGCCCGGCAGAGAGAACGUCAACCCGCUGGGAGCGAGGUUGACGCCGGCAUGCCUGGACUCCAACUGCAGCAGUGACAGCACCUCUUCUUCGCCCUCCUCCUCCUCCUCCUCGUCGUCUUCCACGUCCUCGUCGCCCUCGUCCAAGCAGAACUCGUCGAAACAGGGCGAAGCGGCGAGCAACGGGGCAGGAAGAUACGCGGAUAGCCCUUCUUCUAUUAUGGUUAUGAGUGGCAGCAAUGGAGGAUCUCCGCCCAGAACCAAAGACAGCGCGCAAAUGCUGUGGCCCGCUUGGGUGUACUGUACUCGGUACUCGGACCGGCCCUCAUCUGGCCCGAGGACACGCAAACUGAAAAAGAAGAAGAGCACCAAGGAGGACAAGCGGCCCAGGACGGCGUUCACGGCCGAGCAGCUGCAGAGACUGAAAAACGAGUUCCAGGCCAACCGGUACAUCACGGAGCAGCGGAGACAGGCCCUGGCCCAGGAACUCAAUCUGAACGAGUCCCAAAUCAAGAUCUGGUUCCAGAAUAAGAGGGCCAAGAUCAAAAAGGCCACCGGGUACAAAAACGGCCUCGCCAUGCAGCUCAUGGCUCAAGGACUGUACAACCACUCCACGACCACCGUCCAGGAGGACAAGGAGGACAGUGAAUGAAGGGGUCCCGGGACUCUAUAAACCUGACUUUUUUUUUUGGCUUCUGGAGACAAUGAACAAUGAACCGGAAGUGGGAAAACGCUAUUUAAAAAAACACAGAUUUCUCUUAAUGGUAACAGUAUUAAUUAUAUAAAUAAACGUUAUUAAAGUUUAUAUAGCCAAACAGCUACCAUGUUGUAUACGUAUAUUUAAUUUCAGGCUCAUAUCUCAUCCGGGUCCUUUCAGUCAUGUUAUCAUUUUUUUUUUUAAGGAUGUCUAUUUGAUUCGAGUUUUUUUUUUGUUUUUAAUGUGUGGUCCCCCCUGUCCCCCCAUUUUUUUUUGUUGCCACAUUUCCCUUCAGCACAUCAAUCCGCAGACUUCAAAACAAGCCAAAGAUUUCCACAUGUUGACGUGUAGUCUGAAAUAAAGACAGAGAACGGUACAGGGUGGACUUCAUCUUUUUCUUUCUGUCGUAACUUUCCUUAAAACAAUACAGACAAACUCUUUA